CCGGACGGCGUGCUGACCUCACGGCGGCGUUGCGCCAAAAGCAGGCCAGUGUGCGCCGUUGCCAGGCGACGCGUGGCGCGGGUCUGCAGACCACUGGUUGCUGGUUGCUCGUAGCUGGGUUGACACGCUCUGCGCGCGAAGGAAGCGAGGCGCCCCAGCGCGUCCAGCGCGGUGGAGGGGCGGGCAGCUCGGCUCAGCAGCUGCAUGUCCUCCGAGCUGCCUCCCAUCGGUCUGCUGCCCUGGCUGCGCGGAGAUGCAAGCCAGCAGGAGCUGGGAGGAGAGUCCGCGCGUGACGCAGAGGGGCCCGGCGAGGUUUCCCUCCAUCAGGUAGCUGGGGGACGGAGGAAGGACAGUUUGGAACGUUUAAGGAUCUAUUGCAACAGUCCUCUGUCAGAUGGGAAAGCCAGCAGCUUCGGGGGAGAGGGCCUCCCUAUCUGCCCCGCCCAGGGUCCUGACCCAGGAGAGCUGAGUGGCGCCUGGGGGGAGUUCAAAAGCUUCCAGGAAUCUUCAGCCAAGUUUGAGCAGUUUUCGAAGUGCCCAGAACUGCUGCAGAGACCCGCAGAAUCUCGGCGGUGGAGUGCUCCUCCUGCCCCAAGGGAGCACAGUUCCCAGCAGCCACACCAGGGUGAACUCUGGGUAACAGGAACUGCUGUUGACCCAUCUUCAGAGCCUGUUGUCAGCUAUGAGAACGUUUUUAGGUUUGCUUUUCCAGAGGUCACAGUCGAGCAGACCACUGAAGACGUUUCUACAUUAGACCAUUUCUUAGAAGCAACCAAGGAAGAAAACCCCGGUCUCUCACCUGUACACAGACUGUGUUCUAAAUCAAGGAAACUCUGGAGAAACCUUGAGAACACCAACGCCACGUCCAUAUCCCAGUGCCUCUGGAGCAAGUCUCGCUGCCAGGAAAACCUCUUUCUCGUUCUCGGCGUGGAUGUAGCUCGGAAGAGCCCUUCCGGAAGCCAGGGUCACAUUCUUCGAGGUCCUGACCUCGAAGAGCCUGAGGAACUGCUGGCGGUCAGCAGCUUCCAUCUACACCACUGCAAAGCCCUGAUCCAGACCAAGCUCUCGGGGACACCUGGCAGCGGGCAGGGAAGCCUGAUUACCUACAGCCUCUUUCUGAAGACACCCCUCCAUGGAAAUGGACAGUACAUCACCAUCCCACAGAAAAAGAUUUUUCCCCCACGGAAUCUAAAAAUGGCAUUCUUUAAUAAUGAUGUUUGCUAAAAGCAGGAGCACUUGUACCUUUCUGAAGCAUUUUCCUUUUUCUUACUGAUCCACUUUGGUACCAGAAACUGGAAACAAUUUUGUGUCCCAGGACCUGCCACACCAUCUGGAGCCCCUGGCCUGCCUCAGGUCCUAUCAGGAUGCACGAAGGAAGUGUCCUGUGCCAGACGCAGCCAGCAUGUAGAGGGCAGGGCGCUGCUGUCCAGGCAGCCCAGCGGCGCCACCGAUGCGUGGUGGUGACCCCAGGCGGCUCAGUCACAUCCAUGAGUUCAAAGAAAGGGGAAGACAUCGAAUGUCUUUGGGGAGAUAGUGGUUGAACAUGCCCAAGAACCCCUGGGGUGCUGUUCAUGGAAGCUCCACACCGGCGCUUCAGCCCUGCCCAGCAGCCCUGGAACAGGCCUUGGCCUGUGGGUAGGAAGCCACAUUGCCCUGGCCCAGCAGGCCCUGAGUAGCCAUAUCUUUCCCUAGUCAUCUGCUGAGACAGCUCUUUCUUUCCAAGGGCAGAGCCAAGCAGGCAGCACUGGUUUUUUUAAACUUAUAUUAAAUAAAAAGGCCUGGAUAACCCUG